AUUGGUAUACUUCAGAAGCAUCUGGGAACAGCAUUUGGGGCAUUUUUGGAUCCAGUGGCUGACAAGCUUAUGGUAGCUGCCACACUAGUAUUGUUGUGUACUAGACCCUUGGAAGUUGGUACAUUUGGAGAGGUACCAUGGCUUCUAACAAUACCUUCAAUUGCAAUUAUUGGAAGAGAGAUCACAAUGUCAGCAGUUAGAGAGUGGGCUGCAUCUCAAAAUAGCAAAGUUCUUGAGGCUGUGGCGGUCAAUAAAUUGGGGAAGUGGAAGACGGCGAUGCAGAUGAUCGCACUGACCAUACUCCUUGCAACUAGAGACUCCAACCUCACUGGGAUAGACAUGGUAGUUGCUUCUGGUGUAGCUUUACUCUACGCAUCCGCCAGCCUUGCUGUGUGGUCCUUGGUGGUGUACAUGAGGAAUAUAUGGAGACUCAUGCUGAUGUAGCAGCUACUAGUAGUUUCAAGAUGAGAACAAGCAUUGGCUUCUCGUGCAUCGCCAAUGAGCAUAUGGACUCACGAUUCACAGGUGGCUUAACCGAGUAACAGAAACUGGGUUCGUGAACCAAUCUAUCAUGCUGGUCUCCAGUAUGAACUAUAUAUAUACUUGGAUCUUCUGCAAAUUGACAGUCUAGUAUGUUCUUUUUGUAAGGGAUGGCCUUACCAUAUACUGGUGGGAGACUACCCCGUAAUCCAUUGUGGAUCAUAUCCGAUGUGAAGUUCGCCACCAAUACGAAGCUAGUAAACAUACAUUCCUGACGCAGCGAUAGCUGUGUACGUUGGAUACUGAUUCGACGUCAAUGUUUUACAAAGGUUGAGAAUAUCUUAAGAACUUUCUAGUA